AUGGCUUCCACCGUCCACGUUGAAAACAUCAGCACCAAGACGAGCGAGGAGGAGAUCAAGUCGUUCUUCAGCUUCUGCGGCAAGAUCUCGAACAUUUCCGUUACGCCGACUGACAAUGACUCACAAUCUGCCUCCGUCACGUUUGAGAAGCAGGCAGCCGCAAAGACUGCUCUAUUGCUCGACAACACCCAGCUCGGACCCAACUCUGUCCACGUCAGCUCCGCCAAAUCGAUAGAUGAGGUUGCUGGAGAGAAAGCUGCAUCGGCCGAAGAAGCCAAGGACGGCGAACACCAUAUCGAACAAGAGGAGAAGCCCCGCGCCCGCAUUGUCGCUGAGUACCUAGCCCAUGGAUACGCCAUCUCCGACAAGGCCAUCGAGCGAGCGCUAGCCAUCGAUCAGCAGCAUGGUUUCAGCACCAAGUUCACUUCUGCCCUCCAAAACUUCGACCAGCGAUUCCAGGCUACCCAGAAAGCUCAAGCUGUUGAUAGCAAGCUUGGCGUGACGAACAAGGUUGCUGCUGGUUGGCGGGGUGUGUGGAGCUACUAUGACCAGGCUGCCGGCACACCUACUGGUCAGAAGCUGAGACAAUUCUACGAGACGGGCAACAAGACUGUGUUGGAUGUGCAUAACGAAGCUCGUCACUUGGCAGACUUGAAGAAGAGUGACACUGGGAAGCCUACGGCCGAACAGGCCAACGUGCACACCCUCCCUGGAUCCGACAAGACCCAGUGCAAUUGUGCAUCAGAGGCUGGCAAAUGCCCAUGUGAACCCGGAAAGUGUGCGUGUUCGGGUUGCGCAAAGGCAGGAGACAGUGCACCUUCCGCUGCUGUCUAGGUCGUUGGGGCCGUGUUUCAAUUAGCAUGAAGGAGAGCCCAGGAAAGUGCGGUAUACUACUCUUCUGAACAACGUGUUAUGGUUUAUGAAUAUGAAUUUUGGCUUGGACUGCAUGUCACGGAAUGAACAAGGGAUUCGGUUUUUGAAUUCUAGCCUACCAAUUGUUUGAUAGCACUGUACACCUGUAAUCGGUAACAAAACGUACAUCGCUGGGUGUGGCACACCUCACGCUAGUACAUUAACUACAUUUUCUCCUUGAACAUUUGAAUCCAGUGAUGAACAGUGUGUUAACAUACCUUUACAGUUUGAAGGAAAUUAUAUGGUGAUCAAGGUUGUAACAGAGCGUUUACUGCCAAAUGCCUACCUGGAUACUUUUACCGCUCGUGUUGUUGCGGAGUGACCGAGUGCGCUGUCACAUUAAAGAAUCCUCCGAUUCCCAUAACACUACACACAUAGGCAGUUGUCAUGUACUCCCGCGCAGCAUGCGUCUUUGCCAGAAUCCUCAGGCAAUUUACUGUCCUUCUUAUACUGUAUGUACUGUGCCAGAUCUCAUCGACCGCCAUGAUCUCAUAAUCUCA